AUGUCAGAGAAAAAGGAAUCUUCAGAAGCUGACGGGGAAAUAGUUGAAAUCCCCAAGGAUGUUCAAGACAACUCUUAUUCGCAAAAUGCUCCCGAUUUCGACUGCUGCUCGAACUUUCUCAUUUUCCUAGGAUGGCUCGUGAGCAUCUGUAUUUUUCCGAUCUUUUUGUUCGGCGGAAUCCGCGUUAUUUCGGAGUUCGAACGCGCCGUUAUCUUCCGUCUAGGUCGGAUCAAAGAAGGCAAGGCCGUCGGCCCAGGUCUCUUCUUUAUCAACGCGUUCUGCGAUGACGUCAAAACUGUCGACAUCCGAACCAUUUCUUUCGACAUUCCCCCACAAGAAAUCCUCACGAGCGACAAUGUCACAGUUUCUGUCGACGCAGUUGUCUAUUACAAAGUCGCUCAGCCAAUCGCAUCUGUAACAAAUGUUGAAAAUGCUAGCUCGUCAACACGACUUUUGGCCCAGACAACUUUGAGAAACAUUCUUGGCACUAGAACUCUUACACAGCUACUUACAGAAAGAGAGGAGAUCGCAAAUGAAAUGCAACAGAUCUUGGACGACGCUACAGAUCCAUGGGGAAUUUCCGUCGAGCGUGUUGAGGUGAAAAACGUCGUCCUCCCACAAUCACUCCAGCGAGCCAUGGCCGCCGAAGCAGAAGCAGCCCGUGAAGCUAAAGCUAAGAUAAUCGCUGCUGAGGGGGAAAUGAAUGCAUCUAAGAAUUUACGCGAAGCUGCUCAAAUUAUCAGCGAGUCGCCAUCCGCGCUUCAGCUUCGAUAUCUCCAAACACUCAACUCUAUCGCAGCUGAAAAGAACUCGACUAUUAUUUUCCCACUUCCGCUUGAGCUCAUUCCUCAACAACAUUCUGCGUAA